GGAGCACAAAUGUUGCUGUACCGGAUCCGGAUCCAGGGAGCACAAAUGUUGCUGAUCCGGAUCUGGAUCUAGGGAGCACAAAUGUUUCUGAUCCGGAUCCGGAUCUGGUGAGCACAAAUGUUUCUGAUCCGGAUCUGGAUCUAGGGAGCACAAAUGUUGCUGAUCCGGAUCUGGAUCUAGGGAGCACAAAUGUUUCUGAUCCGGAUCCGGAUCUAGUGAGCACAAAUGUUUCUGAUCCGGAUCUGGAUCUAGGGAGCACAAAUGUUGCUGAUCCGGAUCUGGAUCUAGGGAACACAAAUGUAGCUGAUCCAGAUCCGGAUCUAGGGAGCACAAAUGUUGCUGAUCCGGAUCUGGAUCUAGGGAGCACAAAUGAAGCUGAUCCAGAUCCGGAUCUAGUGGCUGAUCCGGAUCUGGAUCUAGGGAACACAAAUGUAGCUGAUCCAGAUCCGGAUCUAGGGAGCACAAAUGUUGCUGAUCCGGAUCUGGAUCUAGGGAGCACAAAUGAAGCUGAUCCAGAUCCGGAUCUAGAACUACAUAUUUAUGACAAUGACACCAUAUUUGCGUACAGAGGUCAGAAUAUGGGAGAUUUGGACCCCCACAUAUACGCCGUCAGGUAUAGUUGGGGUACAGGAGAUACUGAAACACAGGUUGAGCGAAGGGUGUUGGCCAGCUCACCUAUCAUGGAAGCUAUCGGGAAAAAAGGAGAGACGAAGCGUCCUCCGUUUGGAAGUUCUGAACGGAGGAACAGCUGCUCCGUCCUCAACCCAAGGAGUCUGCCUCCGAGGUCGCCCAGGUUUCCCCGGAGUGUCUCCUCCUUGUCCUCGACUAGGUCCCGGAGGUUUCCGGAUAUCCGGCCGGAUCCUGAGAACCUUGAACCUGGAGUGUGUCGGGUUGUUUCUCUCUCCGAGUACCAUAAACGAUACACGUUUCAGGAACACGUCUUUACUCCGAGUCCUAUAAAAAAAUUUACCAUUUAA